GAUCCUACUGAUACAUCAGAAGUAGGCGCAAGUCAUUAUGAGAAUUCAUAAUCUUGUCCCGAUACUCUGCGUUGGAGGCGCGUAUGCUCUUCCUACGCUUUCUUGGCUUCCGCAAUUUCCUUCCGAGGGAUUGGUUCGCUGCUGGGGCAUAUUUGCGCCCCUUUCAGAGGAUAGGACGAUUUACCAGGUUUUGAAAGACGACGAAAGGUACUCGCGUUUAGUCAAAGCCAUCAAUUUAAGCGACAGGAUCAUCGACCUUUUGGACGACCCUGCAGCCAGCGUCACUUUUUUUGCGGUUCCAAAUACAGGUAUCCCACAUCGUCAGCCCUCGCACGGGGACGACGACGACAAUCAUCAGCUCGGUUCUGCAACUUUCGUACCUAAGCUUGGGGAUGAGCUUGAUGUCGCUCAUGACCUUGGCCACCUCGUCCUUCAGGUUGAAGAACUUGAUGACAUUCCUGAGUCUCGUUACAAGGACCACCGUAAGGAGGCACUUGGCCGCAUCAUUCGCGGUAUCCUCGCGUAUCACAUCUUGCCUGAAAAAUUGGAUUCUACUGCGCUCGUUCAAAACUCCACCUAUGCAACGAACCUGACAUUGAAGGAUGGGAGCAUGAACUAUCAGCCAUUACGCUUGAGCGUCCAGAGCACGAUUGUUCCCCCUCGACUCAGGAUCAAUACUGUGGUAGAUGUCAUAAGUCGAGAUACUGAGGCUAGUAACGGUGUCAUCCACAGUAUUAACAUUCCACUCCUGCCUCCCCCUUCCUUGUUUAGUGAGAUGUUUGUUGUCCCUGAAGUCUUUUCAUACGUGACGUCUGCUAUUCAACGGGUGGAUUUAACUGGCGCAAUUGAUCGCUGGUGGACUCCCGGUAAAGAUGGUGGUCAUGGAUCAUUCGUCGGCGCAGAAAUCACCACUUUCUUUGCCCCCACAUCAACAGCAUUCCAGCGUCUUCCAAAAAAAUUAAGGCUUUUCUUAUUUUCGUCCCUUUGGCGCUAAAGCGCUCAAGAAACUUUUGGAGUAUCAUAUCGUACCUCAAGUCGUGCUGCACACAGACUACGUGCACGAU